CUUCGAACUCCCAGUUCAAACAUGAGACAACUUGAAAAGUCAAAAACUAGAAGGAAAUGAGCAAAUUCAAAACUCUUCUUCAACGUACACAUACAAAAUCAUCAGAAUCUAAGUUUCUUUCCUUCUCGAGAAAAUCCUAGUAAUUUUCUCGAGAAAGUAUAUUGACCAAAUUUAUGAUGAAAUUAACUUUAAAUCUUUGUGUUGUAUUUCUGGUUCUUUUGGUUUCGAUUCAAUCCGGAGCUUUGUUCGGAUCUGCAUCCACUGACGAAGCUUACGCGACGCUGUUGUACGGAGAUGAGUUCGUGUUGGGAGUUAGGGUUUUGGGGAAAUCGAUACGAGUUACUGGAUCUAAGAAGGACAUGGUCGUUUUAGUCUCUGAUGGUGUCUCCGAUUACGCGAAGAAGCUCCUCCAGGCUGAUGGGUGGAUUGUGGAGAUGAUUAGUUUACUUGUGAAUCCAAAUCAAGUUCGUCCAAAGAGGUUUUGGGGUGUCUAUACAAAGUUGAAAAUCUUUAACAUGACUAACUACAAGAAAGUUGUAUAUCUUGAUGCAGAUACAAUUGUAGUUAAAAGCAUUGAGGAUCUUUUUAAAUGUCAAAAGUUCUGUGCAAAUUUGAAACACUCAGAGAGGCUGAACUCAGGAGUCCUGGUAGUGGAACCAUCUGAAGCAUUGUUCAACGACAUGAUGGCCAAAGUGAAGAUUUUGCCAUCUUACACUGGAGGAGAUCAGGGGUUCUUAAAUUCAUAUUAUUCUGACUUUCCCAAUGCCCAUGUAUUUGAUCCAAGUGUGUCGGUUGAGGUGCUGAAUUCUAGAUCUCCUCCAAAAAUGGAGCGGCUCUCUACACUUUAUAAUGCAGAUGUUGGUCUUUACAUGCUUGCUAACAAGUGGAUGGUAGAUGAAAGUGAACUCCGUGUUAUUCACUAUACACUUGGGCCCCUUAAGCCUUGGGACUGGUGGACAUCUUGGCUCUUAAAACCUGUUGAUGUCUGGCAGAAUAUCAGGGAAAGGCUUGAAGAAACCCUUCCAGGAACCGGAGAGGGAAGAAACCCUAGUGAUGAACAUGUUGUGAAACUUCUCUUCCUGAUACCUUUUUGUGCUCUACUUUUGUGUUACUACCGAACCAUUCUUCAGGCAAGAGAGUUCUUUGGUUCAGUUUAUAGAAGUUCAUUAUGUAACCAGAUCAGACAUCUUUAUUACAAAAUUAGAUCCAGUGGAACACUUGCUUAUAGCAGUGUUUCUGCGUCCUCCGCCAUUGAUUCCAACCAUCAAUACAUCAAUGCUGCACAGUCUAAGGUUCCUGCUUAUCUUGGAGGAGUUUCAAUCUUUCUGUGUCUCACAUUCGCUGUUGUGUCCCUCGGUCUUGCUCUUUCAAUUGUGCCCCGGCAAGUGAUGCCAUGGACUGGUUUGCUUUUGAUGUAUGAAUGGACUUUUACAAUCUUCUUUUUUCUGUUUGGUGGUUUCCUCCAUUUGGUUAAUCAAUGGGGAAAGAGAAUGGCACUUCAAGCAGGAUCAUUUUCAUCUCAUACAGAGUCUUUGAAUUACGAUUCUGGAAAAGGUCAUCAACGGCAAACAUCUUCUUGUGAUGUUGCUUCAUGGUUUUAUGGGUUAGGUAUGGCAUUUCUGGCUGUUGCUGUCCCAUCUUUACCCUGUCUUUUUGGGAUUACUGCAUUGUUUGCAAGGUUAGGUUUGAUGGUCGUGGGAGGCCUAGUUUUGGCAUCUUACAUGACACAUGCUGCAGAGCACCUAGCAAUUAGAUCAUUCUUGAGAGGCCUCGACGAUCGAGACCCAACACGAACACGAAAUCCAUGCAUGUUUUGUUGAUGGAAAUCGUCGAAGUUCAGAUGUAAGUUUUACGGCAGAGUAAUUUCACUUCAACUUGUAAUUUAUUUAACCUAUGAUUUGUAAAAAUUUUGUGUAAUGCUAUCAGAAAAGAAAUGUUCUUAUUACCCCUUACUUUUCAAAUGAGGGUUUAUUUUUUU